CUAGAAUCCCAAGUCUUGCCAUGUCGCUCCUCCGCACCAGCACCAGCGCCCUUCGCCUGUCUGCCUCGCGCGCCACCGUCGCUGCGCCAUCCAUGAUGGCCGUGCGCGGAUACGCCGACAAGCCGGACCCCGAGUUCAGCUCCGCUCACACGUCGGCCAGCGCAAAGGGUUUCGAGAAGAAGGAGCAGGCCCAGGAAGGCGCUUACUUCCGGGAGCAGGAGGCCAAGAAGCUCAAGGCUCUCCGCGAGAAGCUCUCUGCCCAGCGCAAGCACCUCGACGAGGUCGAGGCGGCCAUUGACGACAUCGAGAAGAAGUAAAGAGAGUGUGAAACGCAUGUGGUCAAGAGGGAAGAAAGGGUCCGACGCCGGGAAGCUUCUGCUGUCGUGUCACAAACCACCACACCACUCAAUCAAAGUCAUUGCCUUGCUUCCUACUCCCUUGUCUACCUCGUCAAGGGGCAAUUUGAAUUCUCUCUGAAUGCUGCCAUGGAUGUCAGGUUGCGGGUGUCCCAUUUCCGCAUCGAGGCGUCCGUUGCCACUGAUGCGAGAAGCAGAGCAAGGUCGAAGUCGUCUAGUCUCAUUUGCUCGCUUUCGUUCGAAGAUUGUAGGACCAGGUUGAAGAACACUG